AUGGCUAACACCACAAACGCGCAGUCUUCCGAACGGACGCCCCUCAUCAACGACCGCCGCGAAGGCGACGACAGCGACGACUCCUCCCGGACGCCCCCGGGUCCUUCGCGCCUCCGCGAAAUCGUCCUUUUCGUCUGGGCCCUCCUCGCCACAGCAGCUCUCAUCGUCCUCGCGGUAUGGACCCAGCACAGGAGCUCGACAAAGUUCCCGAGGCCCGCUGAGGGCAAGCGCAACCUCAUUUUCAUGGUCUCAGACGGCAUGGGCCCGGCCUCGCUCUCCCUGACGCGCAGCUUCCGCCAGCACGUCGAGGGCCUCCCCGAAGACGACGUCCUCACUCUCGACAGGCACUUCUGGGGCUCCUCCCGCACCCGCUCCUCAAACUCCCUCGUCACCGACAGCGCCGCCGGCGCCACCGCCUUCUCCUGCGGGAAAAAGAGCUACAACGGCGCAAUCUCCGUCCUCCCCGACUACGAACCCUGCGGCACCGUCCUCGAGGCCGCCAAGCGUGCGGGCUUCAUGACCGGCCUCGUCGUCACCACCGACAUCACGGACGCCACACCCGCCUGCUUCGCCAGCCACGUCCUCACCCGCGCCAUGAACGACGACAUUGCCCUUCAGGAGGUCGGCGACGGUCCCCUCGGCCGCGUCGUCGACAUCAUGCUCGGCGGUGGCCGCUGCCACUUCCUCCCCAACGGCACCGACGGCAGCUGCAGACUCGACAACACGGACGUCGUCAAGAAGGCCCAGGACGAGUUUGGCUGGACCUACGCCGGCGACCGCGCGGGCUUUGACGCCCUCGAGGGCGGCGAAAAGGUCUCGUUCCCCCAGCUCGGCCUCUUUGCCCACUACGAUAUCCCCUUUGAGAUUGACCGCCGCAACAUGAGCGACGUCUACCCCAGCCUGAGCGAGAUGGCCGCCACGGCCCUGCGCGCCCUCGAAAAGGCCACGGAGAACAGCGACAAGGGCUUCUUCCUCAUGAUCGAGGGCAGCAGGAUCGACCACGCCGGCCACAUCAACGACCCCGCCGCACAGGUUCGGGAAGUCCUCGAGUACGACAAGGCUUUCAAGCUCGUCUCCGACUUUGUCAAGGACAGCAAGACAGAGUCCCUCUUGGUGGCCACCAGCGAUCACGAGACUGGUGGCCUCGCUACUGCUCUGCAGGAGCCCGGACACCUCCCCGUCUACAACUGGUACCCCAAGGCCCUCGCAAAGGCCUCCGCCUCCGCCGAGCUGCUCUCCAAAAAGUUCCUGCAAAAGAUCGCCUCCACCAGCGGCAAGACCCUUAACAAGGAGGAGCUCAAGCAAUGGGUCAACAAGGAGCUCGUCGUCCCCGGCCUCGGCAUCGACAAUGCCCACCCGGAGGAGCUCCAGGCUCUCGUCGACCACCCGGAGGUCUCGGUCCAGACCUUCGCCGCCAUGAUUAGCCUCCGCGCCCACGUCGGCUGGAGCACCCACGGCCACACGGCGCUCGACGUCAACGUCUACAGCACCGGCGGUGACGAGGCCCAGAAGAUCCGCGGCAACAUUGAGAACACGGACGUUGGCAAGUUCCUUCGUGGGUACCUCAACGUCGACGUCGACGCCAUCACCGAGGAGUUGAAGGAGAAGAUGAACAAGAAGCAGCUCGGCGUCAUGAACCUCCAGCAGCAGCAGAUGGCGGCCUUGGCCGACGACCCUAGCACCUGGAGCCAAAGCCAGAGCUUGGAGUACGCCCACCUGGUAAAGGCAGGAGCUGCAUAA